CUAAAAUAAAAACCAACUGUUUCAAAGUUUUUUUUUAUUACACACAGUACUAAAAACCUACUCACAGUAGAAAAGGUACAGGUGUAACUAUUAAAAUAAUCCUGGCUUUUGUUUGUGUACGUCGAGUCACGCUAUUGUGGCUUUAUAUUUUCUCCUGUAACUAUUUAAAAUGCGCAUAUUUAUUUAAUUAUGUGAGUCAGAGUUUCUCAUCAACAAUUACUAUAUUUUACUCACAUGCUUUAUUUUCCUAGUUAGAAAGGUAUUCUUUCGACUUCCGUGCAUUUCCAUAGUUUGAACUCAGAACAUGGAGAUAACAUGGGCACAACAAAGAGUUGUUAAAAUGCAGGACUUUAAUGGAAUAUAUUGUUUGUUAUGUUGUUUUUGUAUUUCUUUUAUUAUGACUGUGAAAGAAGGAAAUGUUAUAACUUUACAGAGAAAGAUGUAGGUGCCUGUGGUUGUGGAUGUGUAAAGGUUAAUGAGGGUUUAAACUCACGUCUUUGUGCAGGUAGUAUGGAUUCAUUCAUCAUUACUGCUUGGGUAUGGAAGGGAAAUCUUGUGAUUGGCGUUCAAGAGCAAGAAUAUUCAUGCUUGUCUUUUGUCAUCACAAGAAAACUUUAGACUUUCUGUUAUGGAGAAGACUGCCUGGUUUUAUUUGAAGUUCUUAACGUUAUGGACUGUGAAAGGAUUUAAUAGCCGCUCCAGUUGUUUGUCAUUUUCUCUCCCAUCACAGAUGCUAUUUAUAGCUGUAACUGUUACGACUGACAGCAGGAGUAUGUUGGAGCUCUGCACAUUUUCUCCUCCUAUCAUUCCCAUCUGAUGUUUUCCAUUUCUCUGACCUCCUUCUUGUGGUUAUUGCAGUACUCCUGUAACCGUUACAUAAAACAUACAGUAUUGUGUCAAAAUGUUGAAAAAUAAUGCAGUGAGUAGCUUCAUAAGUUCACCCUCAAAUCAGUAAUUGUUGUGCUUGCACUUUUUCUUUGAUGCAGCACCAGUUCUCAAAGGAACAUUUUUCAAAGCAUCUUGAAGCACUUGCUGCAGUUUUUCUCUGUCAGCCUGUCUCUCACUUUUCACUGUCUUUUUUUGUAAAGACAGACUGACUCAUUGAUAUUGGGAUCAGGCCUCUGCGGGGGACCAGAUAUCUAAUGUCUAGAAUUGACCUAAACUUUUGCUCAGUGCCGUAUGUCUGCUCUCUUUUGUAUGUCUAACAUUCCCCUUCUCUCAAUGUUUUACAUUUCUUUCCUACCCCCAACACCCCCCAUUUCUUCCCAAAAGACCCCUUUGCUCCCUCAGAUGGUAGCACCAACGCAGCGUCUUCAGGUCUAGACCUUUUCGGCAUGAUGUCAGUGGAGAGCAAUAACCCGGCUAGUUCCCUGGAUGCCUGUUUUAGCUCUGGUGUGCCCCAGCCCUCCCCUUCCCAUUCCCCUUCACCGCUCUUCACCUCCUCAUCCAACACCAUCACCACCACUGCAACCAUUUCAGCUCCUAUUGCCGCCAGCACCACCAGCCCUGGGAUUGACCUUUUCAGUGCGGAUGUGUUCAGCUCCUCUGCCCCCAUCCUCUCCUCAGCACCCCCAUCCAAAAUUGACACAGGAGCCAUCAUGAAUCUGUUUGGUGUGUGAAGCUGAAGGCUGAUUGUUCCCCUUCUUUGCCUUAAUGCUGCGAUGGAAAUGGCUCGACCCACUGCGACCCUGUCAUGGAAUGAAUGGUGGACUGUGUUUAUGUUUUUGGUUGAC